AUGAGGGAACAACCAAGAAUCGACCCUACGCUUUCAGGCACAACAUUCCGAGAAGCUUCUCUUACGCGCAUGCAGAGCAGCGAGCAGGGUCCGCUAGCCCCGCACGCGGCGAAGGGUCGCCAGGUCGCAAAGCGUGUUCAAGUCGAGGUGAAUGUUUCUGAUUGUGCUCGCCGCACCCAUGCACGUCGUGUCGGUCUAAUAUGCUGGCGUUGAGUCGACGUGA